AUGGUGCGCGUGCCCGGAUCUCUUGGGGACUCCGGAUUUCACCGUGAGCUCGUAGAAGAUGCGCAAGUGAAGAAUGAACCAGGGGAAGAGGCGUCGUCGCAUAUCGGAUCGACGAAGACGCUGCUGAACAAAACGAGAUCCGCGGAUCGACAGAGUGCUCGGAGGACUUCUGUCGACGGAAUCGAGGGUGAUCUGGAGACAGAUCUAGAAGACAAACCUCAACAUCCUCCCCAGGUCCCUUUGGGGACCCCGGUGGAUCUUGGUGCGAACCGAGAUUCACUAACAAAACAAACUAAGGCGGGAUCGGACCGAUACGUGUUCGGUGACUCGCCGAUCAGGCUCGAUCCGGGCUACCUGGACGCGAUCGCGGACAAGACCCAGAUCGUGAGGACGAAGCUGAGAGCGCCAGGCUUGGAUGACGAAGAUCCCAGACCGUCGGCGCUCGACUGGAACUGCGAGACUUCUUGCGUCAAGAUCCUCGUGCGGCCAGAGCAGAUCGACAACCCGAAGGGCCCGAUUUCGGCCCCCCGAGUGACGGAUAACAAGCUGAUAGCGGUGAAGAACCUGCUCGGGCUGUUGAAGGAAGCCGGCUUCGUGGCUGGCGCCUUUGAAGCGAACGAUCUUUUCGAUCAAGAUCUCGAUGUGAUCCAGACAGCGAUCCCGACAUUGGUCGACAGGUUGAGACCUUUGGUCGACAUGAUCGCGGACAGUCCGAACCCGAAGAUGCCAGAUCCAGUGUCGCCGGCUCCAGUGUCAUCUCCGCGAGUGGAGUCCACUGGGUACCGAUCGUCGUCACCUUAUGUCUCCGCAGCGGAACAUGUAUCGGAUACGUCGUCUGAACCCCAACGGAUGUCCCUCGGCCCUUCAGGAUCUGCGAUGUUGGACGCGCGAUCACGGAGUCAACGUCAGGAACGCAUGCGGUCAGGACAUCAGAAGCAGAAACCCAAGUCGACCGAUCGGACCACCAGUGCCACCGGAUCAGAUGAGUCGAAUGGCAGACUGGAGUCUUACUUUCAGGCUGCGAUGACUCGAUUUCUGAAGGAACAACAGGCCAUGGUGGUAACACCUACUCCAGUGGGCGACGACAACGUUGGAUCGCGGGACGUGGAGAUGGAAUCAGCCGGAUCACCGGAUCAACAUCUCUCCCAUUCGGCCCCUGCUGUGGUGGCCACCGCUGCCUCGGGAUCCACUGGGUCCUCCUUGAUCCAGCGUGUGCGAAUCUCCGCGAUGUCCGAUCUUAAGGAGUUCAGUGGCAAGGAUCAGGACGAAGAUCGCGCCCGAUCAGAUCAGGCUACGGACGAAGAGAAGUGCUUGAUCUUCGCUGAUCUACUGACGGGUCCGGCGAAGAACUGGUACCGCCAGCUGGGCCGAUCGACGCGGAACAAGUGGAGCGAUCUACUCCGGAGUUUCCAGAUCCAGUAUUGUGGCCUGGGAGUAUCGGUCGCUUGGCAGCAUUAUCAUUCUCGCAAGAGAUCGGAUGAAUCGCCGUUGGAGUACCUCUAUCGACUGAAUGUGGCAGCUCUACGUGCAAGAUUGAAGAUCAAGGACGAGGAUUCCAAGGCCCGUCGAGAACAUGUCGAACACGUUAUCGAGACACUGGGCGAUCCGGAACUGGCCGAUCAGCUCACCCUACUCCGGCUUGCGGACGCGGAAGAUCUGGAGGAAGUCCUGCGCGCUCGAGAGCGCGCGAAGAGUAGACAGAAGCGAUCUGCCUUUGGAUCGAAGUAUCGUCAGAAAGUUCCGACCUCAGCACCAGCUGCUGCAACCAAGCGGGCAGUGCGUGCAGUGCAGAUCGCGAGCCAGGAGUCUGGAUCGGACACAGGAUCGGAAGGGUCGGACUCGGAGGGUGAUCUACGCCGCGUUUACCUAGCGUCGGCCGAUGACAAGUCUCGCAACGCAGGGGGCGACUCGACGAAGCCGGAUCGAGGCAACCAAGCGCAGAUCAACCAUGACUCACCUCGAUCGGAUCCACGAUCGCGAUCUUCACCUGACGGAUCGGAGCGAUCAAACCACUACUCAUACUGUGAAUCGCGGAAACACACCGAUCUCGAUUGUUGGAGACGUUCGUCUUCUCCCCACCAGCUUUUGACGUGCGAGAAGUGUGGCACGAGAGGUCAUCCGGCGGAUCGUUGCCUGUUUGUAUGCCGUGGAUGUGGUGAACUACACGAGAUGGGCAAAUGCCCGAUGGAGGAAUUCUACAACCAGAUCCGUCAAUGGUUCAACCCGGUCUUAAGUCUACAUCGAUCGGACGACUUCAGCCGGUCUGACGCCGAAGUGCCCUUGGAUCUCCAGUCUGGAGAAACGCGGGGGUAUUGGAAGCAACGCAGACCGGAAGAAUGGUUCAAGCAGGCUGAUCGAGAAGUGACAACCGAGAUCCCAGAGCAUGGUCGCGAUCGAAGUCUGCCUCGCGUCAGUGAACACCGCAGAUCUGGUAAGUGGUUCCGUCAGGCCAAGAUCACUGGCAAGAUCAACAAUGAGAAGUCGAUUUUACUCUUAGACACCGGCGCCGAGGUGUCCAUAGUGGACACCGUCUUUGCUCGUAAGGUGGGGUGCUAUGUCGACACGAGUCAGAGCCAGGAAUAUGUGGGGAUUGGCGAAAGCGUGUACAUGACGGAAGGAAGGACCAGGAUCAAGAUUACGCUGGCGGGAUCGCUGCGAACAAGUCUCCGCGCCAUGUCGUCGUCCGGCGCUCCUGCCGCUCCUCCGACUUCAGUUGCGUCGUCUUUGCAGUCUUCACAUCUUCCCGCGCGAGAUGAGGGGAAGUUCGCUGAGUUGGUCGACUCAGCGUCGCGGGCUCGCGGGGUCAGCAAUGGGCAGGAGCAUCCUGUCAUCGAUCUGACAACUUCCCGUGGGUUCGACCGGGAGUCCGAGCCGGCAUCUCGCACUUCUCCUCGCCGCUUGCCGAGUCCGCGUGACGACACCACUUCGGACGCCGCCGACCUUGGUCGGUCGGACUCGGCUGGGCCGGUGAGUCUCGACUCACUCGCUGCGCUGAUCCAUGCGCAGUCCGAGCAACGCCGCAUCGAGAACGCGGACUUGGCUCGGCUGUUGUCAUUCGUGAUCACUCGUCCCGCGCCGGCGGCUGAUAGAGAGGUCCGCCGAGCUGCCCUCGAGGCGACGUCCGUCAGCGAACUCUUGAGCCUCCUUCGCGGUCAGCACCAAUCUUCAAGUCAAGCUAGUGACGUCGCUGCACUGAGGGUCGAGCUGGAGUCUACUCGGACUAUUAACGCUGACUUGACUCGGCGGCUGGAUUCACAGGCGGCUGUGAAGGCCGACCUCGAGGAACGGUUGAAGACUGUCGAGGAGGAGCGUGACCGAUGGAAAGCCGAGUCGAAGAAGUCGUCCCCUCUUCUGACCAGCUUCCGGAAGGCGAUGGCCGAGUCUGAAGCUUCCUUGAAGUCGGCCCGCAAGUCUCAGGAUGAUAAAGUGAAGUCGGCUCUCGCUCACGCUAAGGAUCUCGGCAGGCAGCUCAGAGAACGCGACUCGGAGAUUGAGCGUUUGACUCAGCUUCUUUCGGCUCGUGACGCCGAGUACGCUCAUCUCCGUGAUGCCAAGGCUACCAUCAAACACCAGCGUGAGGUCAUCCUCCGACAGAAGCGUGUCAUUUCUCGCAUGGGUCUUUUACCCAUGCAUGAUCCUCACAUGGCUGCUGCAGCUGCAGCCGGGUUGGACGUGCCUGGGUUGAGCCCUGCUGACUUGCUGUUCAAUGCUCGGUUAUGCCAGAUCUUGGCUCAACGUUUCCCGGAGGUGAUGGACAUCCCGGCUGGAGAGAGUCGUCGAGUCGAGUUGACCAUCCACCCGCGAGCGGACGGCGCUGCUAGCGCCCGCUCCGGCCCCUCCAAGCGAGUCUCCCGCAUCAUCUGCCGCCAAUCCUGUGUCGGCCGGUGCGGUUUCUACGCCCGUGUCCACUUCUGCUUCGCGCCGUCGCCGCAGCAAUCAGCGACGGCGGCUGGUUCUCUGCGCAAGCCCAAGAAACCACUCGAGCAGCCGUACGCGUGUCCACUUCCUGGUGAGGUCGGCCAUGAGGACGCGUUGGUCCAGCUUGAAAAGGCUGCCCAAGAUAAUGACGCCGCAUGCGACCUAUCGCUCCGAUCGAGCUUGAACUUAGCCGGGUUGACUGUCGACGAUGUGAAUGUGGAGGCCGGCGACGAGGUUCACUCGCUGGAAGAGGACCUCUCGUUCGAGUUCACCGAAGUGCCUGGUUCCGCCGAGCUUCCGAGGGGGCCCGCCGGCCCGACCGUGAGUGUGCCGCCCGUGCAACUCGUGCCUUACUCUUCCUCCCUAGUGCAGACGCCUUCAAGCGGAGUGGCUGUUGUAUCGUUGCCUGAAUCUGCUGACCUUGCUGCAACUCCGUCCGCUUUAUCGCUUCCUGCCUCGGUUCCGUUCCCGACUCGUGUCCGGUGGGUUCCUCCCUCGACCAGCGUGCCGAGCGCGGCUGUGGUGACAUCGACUGUCGGCGCCGGAGGACAACCGGGUUCCUCUGCUCCCGAUCCGGCGCUUGCUACAACGCAUGCUGUGAUUGCGCCGAGCUGGACGGCUGGAGUCUCGGCUGCGGGUACAAUUAACAGCUCCGCUGCGAUUCCGCCUCGGGUUUCGCAGUCUUCUCCGGGUUCGGCCGCUCACCGGCUCUUGGCAUGUACUCGUUCCCGGUUUGCCUAUCAAGCCCAGAGUCGUCGUGGCCCGUCAGGGGUGGCGUCGACUGUAGUCACCCCAAUGCCGAGCACUCCGUCGGUGGCCUCGACCCGGCCAGCGGUUCCUCCUAGCUCAGCUGGGAUGACUUCUCCAUCGGGUCGCCCUUUACGCUCCACUGCGGCUACUGCCCGAGUGUUGAACGCUCACUGCUUGGAUCUGUUAGAGACUCCUGACUAUCUCGUCCUCCGGUCCGCUCGGCGUAGCUCUUUCUCUGGUUCGUCGGGCUCGGCUCUUGGAUUGAAUGCUCCUGGAACCUCAGCACAUCCGUUGUCUGUGUCCGAGAGCUCUGAAUCUGAGGCUGACGACCCUGGAUCUGCUGACGAGCUCAGUUCGGCCGACUCUAACGCAUCUCACCGGGCUUCGUUAGCUUCUGCGCUCCCACCUCCGCACGGGAAAAUCCAGAGCUACAUGGCUGCUCGUCAAUCGCCUCUCGUUCCGUCCAGCGAGUCAGGUGACUCAGACUCACAGCCGAGUUCUAAGAAGCAGAGCGGUAAGGGCAAGCGCAAGCGGAGGCGCAAGCACAAGCUCAAGCACAAGCACGAGCACAAGCACAAACACAAGUUGAAGUCGAAGUCGAAGUCGGCAGGGUCAAAGAAGUCGAUAAGGUCUGCGUCUCCGGACUCGGCUAAGGACCCCCGCCCAUCCAAGCGUCAGCGAGGUUCGACUGGGGACUCGGCCGUCGGUCCCGCUGAGGUUUCUGCCGCUUCCAGCUCGACUAACAACUCGGCUGGGAGCUCUGGCAUCCCAUCGAGCUCGGCUGUUUCGCAGUCGCCUAUUUCUGCUGGUCCAGCUUCAACCCUGUCGGUGCCUAUCGUGACCGCUCAUGACGCUGGCGCCCACGUUCUCCCUCAGUUGCCUGCAGCUUUACGCUAUUCGCUCGCUCAGCUACGCACUCGAGCUCGCCAGGCGGUCGGCCGAGAUGCCCGGAUCACUCCCCAGCUAGCUCAGCUGCGUGACAUCCGCUUCGUUCAUUACGGGUCUCGGCGGUGCUGGGAGGCUAUCCUCAGCCAUCAAACGGCCAAGGUCACUGUGGGUGACGCGUCGGGGAAGGGUAGUGUGCCGGUUAUGCUCUGUUCCCUCGCUGGGAUUAAAGCGUUCGCGGACGUCUACCAUCCGGAUCACCCGGCUCAGCGGCUCCUUCGUCUGCUUCCCAAGACUCCUAUCUUCUUCUCCCCUCGAGUCCUCGACGAUGCCAAGCGCCGGUUGACGAACUCGGUGAAGUCGGUGACCUUGAUGGAGCGUCUCGCAGAAGUGUUCGUGAAGAUCCGCGGAGAGGCUCCGAACUCGGUUUGUGACAAAGAGGGUCCUACCAAGUUCUUCGUAGCACUGUUCGAGCGGUGUCACUGGAUGGUCGAGUCGAGUGUGCUGAUGGAGCUACAUCCGGCUUUUCACACGGGGCUCCCGUAUCACGUGAUAGCCGAGAUGUAUGACACGUGGGUGUUGUACAAGUUGGCUCGCAAGCGUCGAGGCGAUGCCCUCCGAAGUCUCAUGACUAUCCUGCCGGACGACCUGUUCACUGCAGUGAUGAAGCUUCUCGGCGGGCUUGCUGCCCCGGAAAUCGACGCUGAGCUCUUCUUCGAGCCGUCGGUCCCGUUGUAUCCGCUGGUCAAUCUUGCUUGGAUUCCUGCGGGCAGAGACUGGUGUGCUGAAGCCGAGUCUAUAGACGACUCCGAGCCUUGGCGAGCUUGGUGGUUGACCGACCCAGCGACGCACCCGUACAACACCUGCUUCCGGACGCGUAACUUAGAAUUCAUGGUUUUCGCUCCCGCUGGUGUGGAUCCGCGCCUAGUCGAGGAUGCUGUCGAUGAAGAUGUGGACCUCGACGAGCCUGCGCCUCCCCAGAUUUCGUCAAGUGCUCCGACUCCGGUCAACCGUGCAGGAAUCCACAUCUUCCAAGGUUGUGAAGCUGGUGAGCUCGGCUGGGCCGCUGGCGAUGCGGAUCCGGCGUCUCCGUUGAUCGGGUCGCCUAGCGUGUGCGGCCCUUCUCCCACGGCUUCCUGUUUGGUCCGGCGUCACCUGGGUCUCCAGCUGAGUCGAGCGCAGGAUCGACUCAGCGGACUCGGCUAUGCAGACUGCGGGAGCAGCGGAUAG